AUGUUUUCUUCAACCAACAAUAUUGUCAACACUUUUGCUCACCUUCCUUCCUCUUCUUACCAUCCUCCUCCUCCUCCUCCUCCUCUUCUUAUAAGUCAUGACUCUAAUGACACUUUCCCUCAUCACCACCAUGAUCUGCUGUCAGCUAGUUCAUUGUUGCCAGCCAAUCCUCACUUCACUGAGUCUUUAAUUAACAUGACACUGUUCAAUAAUGCUGCCACAAUGAGUAAACAGGAUGGUGGUGGUGCACUACAUGGGGAGUGUUUUGGUACUUCAAGUUUUGGUAUUCCUGUCAGGAAGCCUGUAAAGAAAGAUCGACAUAGCAAGAUUUGCACUGCUCAAGGGGUAAGAGACAGGCGGGUGAGACUGUCCAUUGAAAUCGCCCGCGAGUUCUUCGAUCUUCAAGACAUGCUAGGGUUUGACAAAGCAAGCAAAACCCUAGAGUGGUUGCUAACGAAGUCAAAAAAUGCCAUUGGAGAGCUGGUAAAGAUGAAGCAUGGUAAUGGCAGUAGCGGGGGUCAAAGGAGCUUCUCCUCCAGCCCUGAGUGUGAAAUUGUAGCUGAGAAUGGAGACCUUGAUGGGGGAGAGUUGGAAGGGACAACUUCAAAAAGCAAGUCACUAGAGGGUGUUGUCUCUAAAGAGAAAAAGAUGAAAAAGUUACAGAAAGCAACAGUCCAUCUUCUUGCAAAAGAGUCAAGAGCCAAGGCAAGGGCGAGAGCAAGAGAAAGGACUAGAGAAAAGAUGUGCACUAGGAGUAGUACUACUACACAUGAGUGGAAAAGAUGUCCCGAUACAAGCCCUCAAUUCUUGAACCCACCGAGGUCUUUGACCCAACUUGAAGCAUCCAAGGAAUCAGAACAUUCUUAUGGCCACAAUAUGGCAUCUUCCUUUAAGGUUUUUGCUCAUCAAGUUGAACAACCUAGUCCCUGUCAGCUUACAAGUGCGGCAUCAAGAGAAAAUGCUAUCGAGGAAUCUAUAGUGAUCAAAAGGAAGUUGAAGCCAUCAACAAUUUUGGGUUCCCAGCAAAACCUUGCAGCUUCGAAGGAUGUAAGUUGCAGCACCAGUGGCAAUAACUACUUUCCCAAUUUGCCUCAGAAUUGGGACAUUAAUGGUGCAAUGGCACACUCUACUUUUUGUGCUAUAACUAAUGUGAAUCUGUCCACAGGUGUUCAAAUAUUUGGCAAACCCUGAGAGGCCAGCUAGCAAUCAAUGAUUACAGUACUUAUGCAGUGCAUGAGCAUCAAAGAUAUAGCAUGUCAAAAAAGUUAGCCUUAAAUUGACUGAAGUACACAAGAA